AUGCCCUGCUCAGCAUGUAUUAAGUUCAAAGCUCAAUGCGACUACAGCGAGUUCGCCAAAAACUUUCCUACCAACAGGGCCGGUGAACAUAACAAGGUAUUCAAGUCAGAGCUUGGUUCAGAUGGACGCGAUGAAGUGACUAUGCUUAAGGAGCGGCUCAUGGCGCUCGAGGAAGCCGUGAAACGUAAUACUGCAAAACGACGCAGUCAAGUGAUCCAGAGCGUUCCUGAACUCAAAGCAUCCUCCGAGGCAAAAAUUAGCUUCAGUGUGCCGUUGAAGGUACCUGACGCCAAGCUGCCUCCUUAUCUAAAAGAUUGGGGCCCUUUCAGAUGGAUUCUAAUGGUGAGCUUGGAUCCCGUGCUUCAUAGCAUGGUGAGAGCGAUGUUCAAAGACAAGCCAACGAUGUUACCUAUUAAAACGAACCAGAUACAACACAAAGUAAAUCAUCUGUCACAGGGAUUGCUCUCCGGCUCACCUUUAGAGAGUCUGGCUCAUUUAAGGCAACAAAUGCAAGACAUAUUACCGAACACUAAGGUAUUAUGGUUGCUCGUUGAUAGGUUCUUUUCCGUGGUGUAUCCUUAUGCUCCUGUCCUCGAUGAAUCUACCGUAAGGGCACUGUUUGCCAGUUUGGUAGGUCCACAAACAUUACGUGAAGAGCCAGUCCAUGUCCUUGCAAAUGACGAGUUGGAUUUUUUUAACUUUGGAAUUCUACUUAUGGUGCUUCGCUUGGCCCACUUAUCCUUAACUGACUAUAAGUGCAAAGUUGUCACAUCAUCUCUGUUUCUGCAGCAUUCGAUGACGUACUUAUCGCAUUACAACAUUCCCGAUAAAUUCGCUCAGGUGGCACAGAAAUGCUUGACCCAGUACAACUUGUUUGAGGAUGUAACCCUCGAGGCUAUUCAACUUCUCACCUUGAUAUGCGUCCACAAUAAGGUGAAUCCAGAGGGUUUUGGAUCCGACUUCAAUAACCGAACCUUGAGUGCGAUGUUAUACCUGAUGGCGCAUUGCCGUAGAAUCAAUCGUGAACCAUACGGUCUUGGUUCCGAUGAUGCCAGCCAAAAACAAUACAUGCUCUCUCAGAAGAUAUGGUACACACUUCUACUCUUGGAUGCAACUGAUGCAGCGUUUUCAGGAAGCACUGUCACGAACAAUCCUGAUUCUUACGACAUAAAACUACCCGUCUUUCAGCCGGCAAUUUCAAACGUGAAUAAUCUCGAGACAGAGCGCAUUCUCAUCGAAAGCUUUGAAAUUCGUCACAAAUUCAGUAACCUCAUCGCCGAGGGAGCAGUAUUAACCGGUACGCUCGCCGGUGACGUACCAAUCAAAACUCUCAUGGAGAAAGUUAGUGACCUAGAAGAGUUCCAAGCCAAAAUUCAUGAAAAGAUCCGACUAGCUAUCCGUCUGGAUCCUGUAAAUGAAAGUGAUUCCUUUUACAGAAAUCAUUUGCUUUGCAUUCUCCUGAAUGUACAGUACUUCUUGUUCGGCGUUUAUACCCACGUUUAUUUCAAUCAUUUGAAAAAGAAAGAGUUUGGUCUUGCCGCUAAUGCCGAAACAAAGCUUAUAACUUCUAUGACGCAAAAUAUUCUACCAUUGUUGCCUAUGCUUCUUGGACAUGUGAGAAACCCUUUUGCUGGAUCAACGGAUCUCUUCUCCAUGUCAAUGUUUAUCAAUUGCACCAAAAAUAUCACAUUUAUUCUUGUUAGCUUGUCGAUUAAGUACAAGAGUCAAUUCGCCUCCAUGAAGUGCAACAAUAAUCACCAAGGUAGAAUGAAGGUUGAUCCGAGGUACAGUAACCUUUAUGAGGCUUUGGAAAAGUACGUUGCAACCCUUGACGAGGUAUUGGUGAUAAUUGGGAAUUUCCACAGUCAGUUGAAGAACAAGAGUUCUUUUGUGAAAAAGCUUGACUUUGGGCAUAAACAACUUCACGGUAUGCUCGAAGGUGUUCAAGGGUCGUCUGGAGACAAAGCCUACAUCAGGACGUCCUCCCUGUUUUUGGAAGGAAGCAAUCACAUAAUUCGAGAAGGUAUUGACCGAGCUGAAUUUACUACCCUUCGUCAAAGGCAAGCUCCUCUGGAGCAUUCAGGUACAACUGCUGAUUACUUUGACAAUCGUGUUUUUCAAGGUUUCGAGAGUUCAGCAUAUAAAGAGUUUUUUGACGUCCCUUUAUCCGAAAAUAUUUAUUAG